CCGACUUCUUUGCUGCGAUUCUAGUUAAUACAUCACAUCCACAAACCACUUUCUUGCACAAAUAUGCCUUCUACAACGUUGAAAAGAAGACGGACGGAGGAGGGAAUGAGGGGGAAGACGCCCAAGGUACAAAAGAAAAUCAAGCGCCAGCGUUAUUACCACAGUUCCAGCGAGGACGACUCUGAAUCCGAAGACGAAGCCGCAGAAGCACCAGAAGACUUCGCACCCGUGAGUCUAGAGAGCAGCGACGACGAAGGAGACCGCGCUGCCGCCAAACCAAAACACAAAGCCUCAAUUGCAACCAAAAAGGCCUCGAAAAAGGACCCUGCCCAUGACGACGAGCCCAGCGACGAGGAGGACUUGGAAUUGGACGCCGACGAGUUCGAAGAUGGCGAUUCGGACGAUGUCGACGACGUCGACGAAUACUCCGACAUGUCCGAGACCUCGACGAACAACCCCCGCAAAGUCAAGAAACGCAACGACCCCGAAGCAUUCGCGACCUCCAUCUCGAAGAUUCUCGGCACGAAGCUCACGUCGCAGAAGCGGUCCGAGCCCAUUCUCUCGCGAUCGAAGGCCGCGCAGGAGACGAACAGGACUCUCGCGGACCACAAGUUGACGCUCAAGGCGCAGCGGGCGAUCGUGGCGGAGAAGAGGGCCGCGCAGGAGAAGGGCCGCGUGAAGGAUGUUCUUGGGUUGCAGAGCGAGGAGGUGGCUACGGCGGAGAUCGUCGCGAAGGAGAAGGCGCUGCGGAGGACGGCGCAGAAGGGUGUGAUUAAGCUGUUCAAUGCUGUGCGAGCCGCGCAGGUCAAGGCUGAACAGGCGGAGAAGGAGGCGAGAUCGCAGGGUGUCAUUGGUGUGAAGGCGAGAGAGGAGCAGGUAAAGGAGAUGAGCAAGCAAGGGUUCUUGGAUAUGAUUGCGGGCGGUGGAAAGCAGAAAGAGGCCGUCGCCGAAUUGGAGGAAGAGGCAUAGUUGGUUUGCAUAAUUGGCGUUAAUUCUUUCUCCUUGUUCAUGGGCGAGGCUUGACCAAAGGUUCAAAAAAUUUCAUGAUCGAUACCUGAUACCAUUAUACAAAAGAUGUUGUUC